AUGGUCUGUUUUGUGUUUCAGGUUCAUUUUCCAGAUGUGGAGAGAGUGGAGUGGCUCAACAAGACUGUGCAUCAGAUGUGGCCAUAUAUUUGUCAGUUUGUAGAUAAACUGUUCAGAGAGACCAUUGAACCAGCAGUGCAGGGAGCCAAUGCGCACCUUAGUACUUUCACCUUCUCCAAGAUAGACAUGGGGGACAAGCCUCUCAGGGUGGAUGGAGUGAAAGUUUAUACAGAGAAUGUAGAUAGACGACAGAUUAUUAUGGACCUACAAAUCAGUUUUGUCGGAAACACUGAAAUUGAUGUGGAUAUUAAGAAAUACUACUGCCGUGCAGGAAUCAAGAGCAUACAGCUUAAUGGGGUGUUAAGGGUCAUCAUGGAGCCAUUGCUGGGAGACAUGCCUCUGAUUGGUGCACUGUCUGUGUUCUUCCUCAAGAAACCUUUGCUGGAUAUAAACUGGACGGGCCUUACAAACAUGCUGGACAUCCCUGGAGUAAAUGGUCUGUGUGACGGCAUUAUUCAGGAUAUCAUAUACAGUUAUCUCGUGCUGCCAAACAAAAUCACUAUUCCGCUUGUAAAUGAUGCACAGAUUUCCAAACUCCGCUUCCCUAUGCCAAAGGGUAUUCUGCGGAUUCACUUUCUGGAGGCCCAGGACCUGGUAGGGAAGGACAAGUUUCUGGGUGGUCUGAUAAAAGGAAGGUCAGACCCGUAUGGCGUCAUUCAGCUCGGUAAUCAGCUCUUCAGAUCCAAAAUCAUCAAAGAGACAGUUAAUCCGAAAUGGAACGAAGUUUAUGAGGCAUUUGUGUACGAUCACCCAGGACAAAAUGUGGAGAUAGAGCUUUAUGAUGAGGACCAUGAUAAGGAUGAUUAUUUGGGAAGCCUUACCAUCAACGUAGAUGAACUAGAGAAGGAACAGAAACUAGAUGAGUGGUUUGUACUUGAUGAUGUUGCUACAGGAAAGCUUCACCUGAAGAUUGAAUGGCUUUCUCUUCUCCCUACACCUGAUAAACUUGAUGAGGUUUUAAGCAGCAUUAAAGCAGCUAAAGGUCAGGCCAAUGAUGGACUGUCAUCAGCAUUAUUGUUGGUGCAUCUGGACUCAGCCAAAAAUCUGCCACGCAAUCCUUUAGAAUUCAACAAUGCAGGUCUGAAGAAGGGUACAGUCAAUAAAGCACUAAAGUCUGGUAAAAAGGUCGCCAGUGUGCCCAGUCCAUUCGUCCAGUUUACUGUGGGACACAAAUCCUUUGAGAGCAAGACAAGAUAUAAAACCAAUGAGCCCGUUUGGGAGGAGGCCUUCACAUUCCUGAUCCACAAUCCAAAGUGUCAAGAACUUGAAGUGGAGGUAAAGGAUGAGAAGCACGAGUGUUCCCUAGGGACGUUUUCUCUUCCUCUGUCAAAGAUGCUGCAGGAGGAUCAGAUGAUUAUCAGUCAGCAAUUCCCACUCAAGAACUCAGGACCCGGUGCUACGCUUAAGAUGAAGAUGGCACUUAGGAUUCUGUCUAUGGAUAAGUUGUCCGUAUCAAAUCAGCCGUCCUCAAUUCAGAUCCGCCGCCCUAGCUCCAGCACGACCAAUGUUUCAGAGCCCACCCCAACAUCCAAAACCCAGCAGCCGACCCCAGCACCCAGAACCCAACCCUCCCCGCGAGUGGAACCCUUGAUAGACAGCAGGCCAUUGGAGGACUCACCUACCCGUCUGGCUAAAUCGGGGUGGAGCACGUCUAACCUGGCCAUUUCUGGCUCUCAGCUACACCUACAUAACAAAGAGCCGACACCCAGCAUAGCGUCUGACAUCUCCAAUCCCAGCACCGCCCAGGAGCUCCAGAAGACAAUACAACACUUACAGAAUGGCGCUUCACCUGGUUUUGCUCCAUUGGGUGAAAUUCAGUUAACCAUCAGACACAGUCCCCAAAGAAACAAACUAAUUGUCGUGGUACACAGCUGCAGGAAUCUGAUCUCUUCUACUGAAAAUGGUUCUGAUCCAUAUGUCCGUUUGUAUUUGCUGCCUGAUAAACGACGCUCUGGACGCAGAAAAACAAACACGAUUAAAAAAACAGUGAAUCCUGUCUAUGAUCAAAUGUUUGAAUUCAGUGUGUCACUUGUGGAUUUGCACAGAAGAACACUAGAUGUGGCCGUGAAGAAUGGAGGAGGAAUUCUGUCAAAACACAGAGGGCUGCUGGGAAAGGUGACAUCCCGCACUAAAUAACUUCAUAACAUCCUUAAUAUUAUUGUUCUUAAAGGGGUCAUAUGAUGUGAUUUCAAUUUUUCCUUUCUCUUUGGAAU